GACAGCACGUUGACUCACGGUAGGCAAGACAAUUCCAGUCACGAUUCGGAUCGUGGGUUGGCAUUGUUCAUGCCGAGCUCUCAGAACGAAAUCAAAAUGCCCGUGGGACUUUACUACUGAGGUCUGAGGGACGUCGGAACCGUCAGUUCACGUAAAGGUGUUCUAUCAGCAGUCGGUCGCUCCAUGUCUGUCGUGGUAAAUAUAAGCCGACGGCACAACUCCCGGUGCUUGUCGCGUCGGCGAUCAUCCUGCACUUCUUAUGGCGUUUGGUACGAAACUACUUCGUGAAAUCCCUAUUGGACGUGAUUUCAGGCCCUCCUUCUGGGUCAUUCCUCGGAGGAAAUAUGUACCAGAUGUUCGAACAUAUUAGCUGGGAUUUCCACGAUCACCUCAUCCUCACCUACGGUCCUGUGGCCAAGAUUCAUAGCUUCUUCGGGGCGAAGUGGCUUCACGUGUACGGUCCGAAGGCACUGCAUAGCAUUUUUAUGAAGGACCAAGGCAACUACUAUCAGGGCGAAGAGGCGAUCACUAGUGUUCGCCUCUCUAUUGGACCGGGACUACUCGGGAUGUAUGGUGCCCAACACAAGAAGCAGCGCAAGAUGCUCAACCCUGCCUUUUCCGGGGCACAUAUGCGCAACUUGACACCCCUUUUCUAGGACGUUGUUGGGAAGGUGAGACGCUUGUCAACGGCAAGCCUCGGGCCGUUGACGACAUCGCAUGUGUAGCUUCGAGUGGCCAUCGAGACUCGCGUGAAGGAGGGCCCGCGGGAACUCGACGUCCUCCGGUGGAUGGGUCGCACAGCACUCGAGCUUGUUGGGCAAGGAGGUCUGGGUUACUCCUUCGAUCCGCUGAUUGCUGAGUCCCGCGACGAGUUCGCAGAGGCAGUCAAGGCGUUUGUCCCCGCCUUCACCGACUAUCCAUGGAUUCGAUUUUUCACUCCAUUUCUCUCCUAUUUUGGCCCAGCCUGGUUCCCUCGCUUCCUCCUCGACCUCGUCCCGAUCAAGGGAGUCCAGCGUUUGAAGCAGAUCGUAGACACCAUACAACGGCGGUCGGAGGAGAUAUACCAUGUGAAGAAGAUUGCAAUUGAGAAGGGCGAUACUGAUUUGCUGAACGCGGUCGGGGAAGGGAAGGACGUCAUGAGCGUUCUGCUUAGAGAAAACAUGAAGGCAUCCAUUGAGGACAGACUUCCUGACGAGGAAGUUCUCGCACAAAUGGGGACGUUCAUUGUAGCCGGUGUCGAUACCACGUCGAACGCCCUAUCCAGAAUCUUGCACCUGCUUUCUCAAAACCAGGAUAUUCAAGAUCAACUUCGUAUUGAGCUCCAUGCUGCACAAGAGCAUUCCGGCAGGGACAUCCCUUACGAGGAAUUGGGCGCUUUGCCGUACCUCGACGCUGUGUGUCGCGAGACACUCCGCCUGUGGGCCCCGGUGAAUCUCUCCAAUCGACAGGCAAAGGCCGACAUUACGCUGUACUGACGGUACUGUCUUGACCGAGAUACCCAUUCCUAAAGGAACUAUGUUCUUCCUCAACCUGCGUGCAUGCAACACCUGGAAGGAACUGUGGGGCGAGGACGCCCAGGAGUGGAAGCCGGAGAGGUGGCUCAAGCCUCUGCCCAAGGCCGUGGAAGAUGCUCGUAUUCCGGGCAUCUACGCUAAUCUGUGCGUGACAUGGAGGAUGUCGUGCGCACCGUGGAGCUGCACGCUGACUUCAGGCGUUUGGGAGGGUAACCUUCAUCAGCGGUGGCCACUCUUGCAUCGGCUUCAAGUUCUCUCAGCUGGAAAUGAAGAUCGUCCUGUCCACGCUCGUGUCCAACUUCAAGUUCGAGCUUUCGCAAAAACCGAUCAUCUGGAACUUCGCGGGCAUCGCGUACCCGACUACCAGUCACGAAUCGUCCAGGCCGGAGAUGACCCUCAAGGUCAGCCUUGCGUCCCGGUAAUGCCGAGUGUGAGCCUGCAUCUAGUGAUCCGGAUACGCGGUUACUACUCCAUUAUAUCCUGCUUUACGAAUGAUCAUAUAUAACAUUUCAAC